AUGGAAGUCAAGCCAAAGUACUUCACUUGCGUCGAUUGCCUAGCGAACUUCCCGAAGCUCACGGACCUGAAACGACACAUGCGAACCCACACAGGAGAAAAGCCGUAUGUCUGUACGAUCUGCAAGGCUUCGUUCUCACAAGCAGGAAACCUCGCUACCCACAAGCGAAUUCACAAUGGAGAGAAGACGCAUGCUUGCGAGGAGUGCGGGAAAAUGUUCAAGCAGAAGGCACAUCUGAUCUCUCACUUGCGCUUCCACACCGGUGAGAAACCUUUCGCUUGCGAUAAAUGUCCAGCCAAGUUCGGAAGAAACGAGAAUUUGAGAGUCCACAAGCGGCUGCAUACGGGCAUCAAGCCUUACCGAUGUGAUAAAUGCCUGCGGGAAUUCAGCGAUCGGAGUAACUACAGACGACAUCUAUCGAGACAUGACAAAUAA